ACGCCCACGCAGUCGAAUUAGUCCUCAUUCUCACUCACCCACGAACAAUUCCAGACAGAAAUGGCGCUCAGAGCAGCCAUACUUCGCCAUGUCAGAGUGCCGGCGCAAACCCUUACUCGUGCCGCUCCAAAAUUGAAUCUUUGCAAUGGUUUCUUCCGGUCCAUGUCUUCGCACCAUGAUCAUAUCACCAAAGAAGAAGUCACCGAGAGAGUCCUCUCUGUUCUCAAAGAUUUCCCCAAGCUCGAUCCUUCCAAGGCUAUGUGGGUUGACAUCUAAAAUCAUCAUCAAAGCUGCUGUGAAUUGUGUAAAUCCACAUGCACAUUUCCAGAAAGAUUUGGGUUUGGAUAGCUUGGACAAUGUGGAAAUUGUGAUGGCUCUAGAAGAGGAGUUCAAGCUGGAGAUCCCAGACAAGGAAGCAGAUAAGAUCGACUCAUGCCAUCUUGCUAUUGAGUAUAUCUCUAAUCAUCCCAUGGCUAGUUAGAUGAUGUGUUUCUUUUUCGUGUUUUUGUUUCAUGUAUAAUUCAACUCCAAUGCAUGCUUCCACCCACCUGUCUUCUAGAAGUUUCUGGAACUUGAUUAUUUCUCUUUUCAUUUCCUCUUUAUAAUUGGAGUGAAGGGGUUGUGGUGCUGGAAAAUAAUGUGAAUCUGUUUAAGAAUGAAUUGUUCAUUUAAGAAUUGGGUUCUAAAGGAUUGCUAUUUUAACUUUGGAA